UCCUCCAAGUUUGAGUUUUUUUAACGUUUUCCCUGUUUGAGAUUUGUGUCAUAAUCCCUCUUCCAAAGGUAGAAGCUUCGAGUUUUUGUUUUCUUAGGAAAAAAAAAAAGAUUCCAAAAUGAGAAAAAGAAGCAUAUCUGCAUUCAACAUUGCACAAAGCCACAAACCCAUCAAUCAAAAAAGUGAAAGGUAUGUUGUAGUUGUAAAGAUGGAGUGAGUGGGAAGUUGCUGAACUCAAGCUCACAGACACGGUUUCUUGCUUUAGAAAAUUAUUAUGAAAUUUCAAAAACCUCAAAAGAAAUCAAAAGAUAGAAUUUUUCUUCCUGGGUGUUCAAUGGCUUUCCUUUCACUGUUUCUUGUUAUAUAUCUAUGCCUUGCAUCAUCUGUUCUGUGUCAGGUUUCUGAGUUCAUCAGUAUAGAUUGUGGAAGCCCAGGUAACUACACUGACCCUAGUACUGGACUAGGAUGGGUUUCAGAUACGGGAAUUAUGAACCAUGGGAAAUCAGUGGCAGUGGAGAAUCCGAGUGGGUACUCCAUGCAGUAUGAAAGGCGCAGAGACUUUCCUAUAGACAACAAGAAAUAUUGUUAUACUCUGAGGACCCAAGAGAGAAGGAGGUACCUGGUGCGAGCAACAUUUUUGUAUGGCGACCAGGGAAAUGAAGAUGCCUACCCAAAAUUUGAGAUGUACUUGGAUGCAACUGAGUGGGCAACUGUGACCAUUUUUGACGCUUCAAGGGUAUAUGUGUAUGAAGUGAUCAUCAGGGCACCUUCGAGUUCAAUUGAUGUCUGCAUAUGCUGUGCAACAACUGGUUCUCCUUUCAUAUCCACCCUUGAGCUGCGGCCCUUGAACCUUUCUAUGUAUGCCACAAAUUUUGAGGAUAAUUUCUUCUUGAAAGUGGCAGCAAGAGUAAACUUUGGUGCUCCAAGCAAGGAUGUUGUUAGGUAUCCAGAUGAUCCAUAUGAUAGAAUCUGGGAGUCAGAUCUUGAUCAAAGACAAAAUUUUCUUGUAGAUAAGGCCCCUGGUACAGAAAGAAUCAACACUACCAAGAAUGUAGACAUUAGGACCAGGGAAUACCCACCUGUUAAAGUUAUGCAAACAGCAGUUGUUGGCACUGAAGGAGUACUGAGCUACAGACUAAACCUGGAAGGUUUCCCUGCCAAUGCCCGAGCUUAUGCAUACUUUGCUGAAAUUGAGAAUUUGGGUCCAAAUGAGACUCGGAAAUUCAAGCUGCAGCAGCCUUACAUACCUGACUACAGCAAUGCAGUAGUGAAUAUAGCUGAGAAUGCCAACGGGAGCUGCAGACUUUAUGAACCCAGUUACAUGAAUGUGACUCUGAAUUUUGUUUUGUCAUUCUCCUUUGUCAAGACCCAUGAUUCUACCCGAGGGCCACUCCUCAGUGCAAUUGAGAUAAGCAAAUACCAGGUUAUUGCUGCAAAAACUGAUUGGAAAGAUGUGACUGUUCUCACUGCCAUUUGCUCUAUGUCUGCUGAAAGUGCUUGGGCAAAUGAAGGAGGUGAUCCUUGUGUUCCAGCUCAUUGGGAAUGGAUAACUUGCAGCUCAACUAUACCCCCAAGAAUAACAAAAAUACAGAAUGUGAAGGGCCAAAUUCCAUCUGAGCUUAAUAACAUGGAGGAAUUGACAGAGCUGUGGUUGGACGGCAACUUCUUCUCAGGACAACUUCCUGAUAUGAGUAACAUGAUAAAUUUAAGGAUUGUACAUUUGGAGAACAACAAACUAUCUGGUCCAUUACCUUCAGCCCUGGGCAGCUUGCCAAACUUACAAGAACUGUAUAUUCAAAACAACUCUUUUACUGGUGAAAUACCCCCAGCAUUGCUAACUAGAAAAGUAAUUUUCAGCUAUGAAGGCAAUCCUGGACUACAUAAGGGAGCACAAAGAAAGAUGCACUUUAAGUUAAUACUUGGAGCUUCAAUAGGAAUACUUGCAGUUCUCUUUGUUGUUUUCUUGGGAAGUUUACUAUUGUUUCGUAACCUGUGUAGAAAUAUGUCCCAUAAAAGAAGCGAUGAAAAAGGUUCAUGCACUUCAGCAUUUUUCAUGUUACACUGUAGCUUUUAGCUUUUAACACUGUUCACUUGUUUUCCUUUUUCAUAUUUCUCUUUAGGUGAUUCCUUGCAUGCUAUUACCAAAUCUCCAGCAGCCUAUUCAAUCGUUCGGGGUGGGCAUUUACCUGAUGAAGGUGUAGCAUGCCAUAUCUCCCUGUCUGAACUAGUAAAUGCUACUAAUAAUUUUAGAAAUAAGAUUGGCAAAGGAAGUUUUGGUUCUGUCUACUAUGGCCAAAUGCAGGAUGGAAAAGAGGUGGCAGUCAAAAUAAUGGCUGAUUCAUCUAGUCAGUUGACACAGCAAUUUGUGACAGAGGUAGUGUUAUGUUCAGCUAUGCGCCCAUCUAUCUUUAACUUCCUUGACAUACUCCUUUGCAUGUACGAUAUGCAUUGCUGUUACAUUAUAGAGUCCUUAUUUACUGAAUGAAUAUUGUGCGUUUGCAGACAUUCGAGAAGGAUUAAUGAAAUAAGAAGCCAGCUUUUUGAUUCCCAAAUUCUCAUUGUGCUUAAUGAGAUAAAAAGAGGGAAAUAAAAAGAUUUUAGAUAUGAUAUACAUUAUAUCUGUAAAAUGUUAGAAUAUUAUGAUUUUUACUCUGACAUACAAUCAUCAAAUUAUCAAGCCAUCCAGAUAUCAGAUGGUAAAUGAUAGAAUCUAA